AUGACAAUAUUGAAUAAAACAAACUGGACCCUGGUCUCAUUCAUUCUUAAUGGAGUCCCAGGACUGGAAGAUAUACACAUGUGGAUUUCCUUCCCAUUCUUCUCCAUGUAUAUUGUGGCCAUGGUAGGGAAUUGUGGGCUGUUAUACCUCAUCUACUAUGAGGAUUCAUUGCACAGACCUAUGUAUUACUUUUUAGCCAUGCUUUCUCUUACUGAUAUUGUCAUGUGCUCUAGUACAAUUCCUAAAGCUCUCUGUAUCUUCUGGUUUCAUCUCAAGGACAUUGGCUUUAAUGAAUGUUUGCUCCAGAUGUUCUUCAUCCAUACCUUCACAGGGAUGGAGUCUGGAGUGCUUAUGCUCAUGGCUCUGGACCGCUAUGUGGCCAUCUGCUACCCUCUGCGGUACUCAACUAUCCUCACCAAUCCUGUCAUUGCAAAGGCUGGGCUUGUUACUUUCCUGAGAGGGGUGUUGCUCAUCAUUCCCUUUACUUUCCUCACGAAGCGCCUGUCCUACUGCAGAGGCAAUAUAAUUCCCCACACCUACUGUGACCACAUGUCUGUAGCCAAAUUGUCCUGUGGCAAUGUCAAGGUCAAUGCCAUCUAUGGUCUGAUGGUUGCCCUCCUAAUUGGUGGCUUUGACAUCCUGUGCAUCACAAUCUCCUACACCAUGAUCCUCCGGGCAGUGGUCAGCCUCUCUUCAGCAGAUGCUCGACAGAAGGCCUUCAGCACCUGCACUGCUCACAUCUGUGCCAUUGUUUUCUCUUACAGUCCAGCCUUCUUCUCUUUCUUUUCCCACCGUUUUGGGGGGCACACAAUCCCUCCCUCUUGCCACAUCAUUGUGGCCAAUAUUUAUCUGCUCCUGCCUCCCACUAUGAACCCUAUUGUUUACGGGGUGAAAACCAAGCAGAUACGAGACCGUGUCAUAAGGAUCCUUUCAGGGUCUAAGGACAUCAAAUCUCAUGGCAUAUAG